GAUGUGGACAUCUUUGAUUUUUUUUUUUAAGAGUGAAAUAAACAAAUGAUGUGAUGUACUGAAUGAGAGCAGAUAUAAUCAUCACUUUGUUUAAAGACGGACAGAAACAUCAGACUCAGGACAGAAACACACGACCUCUAAAAAAUGGACCAAACUCUCUAUUUCAUUCUUCUUCUCAUUGCUCUCUGCUCCGUAUCUGAAUGUGUUCAGCGUCAGUAUCACUUUAUAAACGUGAUGAAGAACUGGACUGAAGCUCAGAGAUACUGCAGAGAGAAUUACACAGAUCUGGCCACCGUUGACAACAUGAACGACAUGAACGAGCUGAAGAAGAGUGUGAUUGUUGGAGGUGUCUGGAUUGGGCUGCAGAGGACGGGUGUUGAUAAAUGGCAGUGGUCUUCAGGUGAUUCUGUGCUCUAUCUGAACUGGGCUCCUGGACAACCUGAAGGCACAGAUGAGUGUGCUAUGAUGAGAAAUGGACAGUGGGGAGAUUUGCCAUGCAGUAACAACCUGACUUUCAUCUGCGAUUCAUCUAACAACACGAACAGAGGACUCGUCUUUAUCAAUCAGAUGAUGAAUUGGAGAGACGCUCAGAGUUACUGCAGACAGAAUCACACUGAUCUGGUCAGUGUGAGGAACCAGAAUGAGAAUCAACAGCUUCAGAAGUUCAUCAAUGAUAGUCUCAUAUCUGGUGAUGUCUGGAUCGGUCUGUUCAGAGACUCAUGGCAGUGGUCAGAUCAGAGUAACUCCUCAUUCAGAUACUGGUAUCCUAAUCAACCUAAUAAUAAUAAAGAUAAACUGAUCCUGAUCAAAGAGAAUCUGACGUGGCCUGAAGCUCUGAGAUACUGCAGACAGAAUCAUAUGGAUCUGGUCUCGGUUCAUUCAGAAGAGAUUCAGCGUCGUGUGAUGAAUGUGGUUAAACAGGCGUCUACUGAGGCGGUGUGGUUGGGUUUACACAACUGCUGCAGCCUGAACAUGUGGAUCUGGGUCAGCGGAGACAUCGUGUACUAUCAGAACUGGGCUCCAUGGAACGGAACGACACCGGAAGAGUGCCGCCUCGAGAAGAGAAAAGGAGCAGUUCAGUCUGGAGGAGAUCAGCGCUGGAUCAGCCUUCCUGAAACUCGCAGACUCAACUUCAUCUGCAGCAGAUAUUAA